UCCAACUCAACAAUGAGUAAAUAUUUCACGGAAUGUGUCAACACCAUCCUGCAGGUAAACUUUUUGUUGUCUCCACACACAAGAACGAGAGUUCUGGAAGGAGCAUUUGUCAACACCAAAGGUGGAAAUGGUCAAAACAAGGAGGCAGACCUGGUUCAGGAGCAUGCUAUCAGGAACCAGAAAGACAUCAUAAGAGGUCUAGGUGCCAACAAAACAGAGACUGCCACUAGAAGGGCAAGCGGGUCAGCAAACAUAAUUUACAAAAUAGGAGAUAAUGUAGACAAACUUUUGAAUAUCCCAAAACAGACAACAAGCCAUACUAAAAAAACUACAUCUAAAGACCUUGAUCUUGCUGUAAGCAUUUUGAGGAAGGUUGGUCCUUUUAAUUAUGUGAAAGGGCGAAAAUUUGACAGUUUUAAAGAAAUCCCAAAAAAUCCCAAAAGAAUUGUUAAAAGGAAAGAUCUUGUGGGUGGGAUCCACAAAAAAAAUCAAAGGUUGUUUUUGAACUGUUGA